CCAGUCAGUCAGUUAGUCUGUGAGUAAACGUCGGGCCGUUUGGUUGUUUUGGGUUGUAGUUCGUUCGGUUGUUUGUUGUUUUCGGUUGUUCGCGCUGCGCAUUGGCUUUUCAUUAGCCUGAGCGGCCUUUGGCUUAUCGAACGAAUUCGAAUUUUCGUUGCUGUUGCGGGUGGCGGCAAACGUCGCGGAAAAACUCUGCGCACACCGAAUGUGAGUGUGCGCGUCUGAACGAAUCUCCCUUUGGGUGUAUGUGAGUGUGUGCCUGUUCAUGCGCAGAAAUUGUGUUCGAGGUGUGAGAAAUGAAAAUGCUUCAACAACAAAUUGAAACGUAAUCGAGCAAAAGAGAAACGUAGCAAAGAUUGCAAAGAUAUUGAAUAGACAGACCGAAGCGCAAUUCUAUAUAGAUAACUUCAAAGGCCUGUCUGUCUAUAAGUGUGGCUGUCUGAUCGUCCCUCCGGCCGUCUGUCUGUCUGUCUGUUUGCCCCCCCUUGGUGCAAACGCAUGAGUUCUGUCAACGAAAUGACAUGCAGCAUCUGUCUAUGUAGCCGUAGACCAGGACGUGCUGCUGCUGCUUCUGCUGCUGCUGCUGCUGCGUCUCAGUUGUUGCUAUUUUUAUGAGCGCACUGGUCUCCACAUAAACAGGGACAGGGACAGGGCUCGACGACGGCGACGACGACGGAUGCGUGGCCCCAUGAAAAAUCAAUUAACACGCAGAAUUAUUAAAAACUACGAAAAACUGAGAAAAACGAAUAACGAAACCAGCUUUGGCUGUAAAUUUUAUAACUUCAAAGUAGCUGCAGCGCCAUGUUGCGACUCUGUGGAUAUCGAAUGGGAAUGGGAUUUGGAUAUGGAUUUGGAUUUGGAUUGCUGCUGAUCGUCCUACUGCAAUUGCUGCAAACGGCAGCAGCUAUGAGAGUUUCGCUGUUCGGCGAUGGAUAUGUAUCGAUGCCGCUGCAGGAGGCCAAAAUGUCAACGAAUAUACGCGUCAAGUUUCGCACCAAGCAGGCGGAUGCAUUUCUCUUUUUGGCAGCGGGUCGCACCGACUACUGCCUGCUGCGGCUGGAGAAUGGCCUCAUCAGUUUUAGCUAUAAAAUCGAACGGGACAUCGUUCAGCUGCGUUCGCCCAAGAAGCAGCCGCUCAACGAUCUGGAGUGGCACGAUGUGGCCGUGCAACGAUUCGAGAAUAAUGUCACCCUGCAGGUGGAUGGUCACAUCAUGCGCAAGCAGCUGCCAGCCAAUUCACUGGCUCUUAAUGUCCACUUUGGCACCUUCCUUGGCGGCGUUGGCGAUUUUACGGCCGAGUUUCUCAAUGAUGUCAUCGGCUUUCGCGGCUGCAUAUCGGACGUGUUCUAUAAUAACAUCAACAUCAUAAAACGUGCCAAAGAUCGCACGGGCCACACGACCAGCACCGGAGUCGCUUGGAAUUGCAGCAAUGAAUUCGAUGGCGGCAUUCAGGAUAGCAUCAGUUACCUGAGCAAUGAUUCCUUUGCACUGAUGCUCAAGGAGUCGCAUAGCACAGGCGAAAGUCUCUCGUUUCAAUUUCGGACGAUGACAGAUUCGGGCACGGUGUUCUUCAAUGGUGGCUACGAUUUCUUGCUGCUGGAGAUCGAGGAUGAGAAGCUGAAGCUGACAUUCAAUAAGGCCGGCAGCCUGGUGCAGUUCGUGACUAAUGAGACCAUCUCCGAUGGCAAAUGGCAUCGUGUGAUGUUGAGCUAUAAUGCCGCCAUGGCGGAGCUGCGGCUGGACGAUGCGGCCGCAACUUAUCGGGGCGAGCACGCUAAUGACACCAAGGCGACCAUAAAUCUCGAGAAGAGCGUCUUCUUUGGCGGCGUGCAGGAGGAGAUGCGCCGCCGGCUGAUUAACAAGGGCCUGCGCAUCAAUGAGCUGAGCUUCAAGGGCUGCAUGCGUAAUCUACAGGUGAAUAGCCUGGCAUUGGGCUUCGCCGAGAUGACCAUAUCGCGCCAUCUGGCCCUCAACUGUGUGUGGAAGUAUCCCUGCGUGGAGCACAGUCCCUGCCUAAAGAGCGGCAUCUGCAGUCAGCAUGGCGUGGACGAGUUCAUUUGCUACUGCGAUCAGUCCUACUGCAUCAAGGCCGAUUUCCAGGGUCCCUUCAAGAUAUUCACGGAGACCAGCCCGGAGCUGGAGCUGCUGUAUGUCUCGCCCAUGCAGCUGCUGGAGGGCGGGACCGCCUUUCUUUCGCCACAGAUCAUCGACGUGCUGCUGGACACUCGCCGCUAUCCCAGCCUCAAUGAGCAAUCGAUUGCCUUCCAUGUGGUGCAGCAGCCCAAGUUUGGCCAGCUGCUGCACUACUCGCCGGAGAAGGCCAGCUUUGUGCCCUGUCGCAGCUUCAAUCUGGUUGACUUGGCCACAGAUAAGGUCAAGUACGUGCACAAUGGCCUGGAGAACUUCAACGAUCAUGCCACACUGGACAUGCAGGUCUAUGGCGAUCCGCAUAAGAUACCCGACAAUAUUCUGGGCAAGCAUCGCUUUCUGCUUCAUGCGAACAUCACGGCCGUCAAUGAUCCGCCCCAGCUGCAGCUGCAUUCCCACAAAAUACUGCGCGUCAUCGAGGGCAUCGAGCGUAUUCUCGAUGUGGAUCUAUUCAAUAUAGUCGAUCCGGACAGCGAGCCUGGCGAUUUGAUCUAUACCAUAAUGCCUUCAUCCAAUUCCCAGGAGGCCUUCGGCCGCUUCAUGGUGGGCGGCGUCCACACCAUGACCUUCUCCCAGGCGGACGUGAACGUGGGCAAAGUCUCCUAUUUGUACAAUUCGACGACAACCGAGUCCUUCAGCUAUCACCUCUUGCUGCAAGUCUCCGAUGGCAUUGAGACCAGCGAUACGGUCUACUUGCCCGUCUCGGUGCAUCCGCUGGAACUGCGCGUCGUGAACAACACCGGCCUCAUCAUGAUCCACAAGAGCUCGCUGCUGCUGACUCCUGCCAAUCUCUCCAUCGGCACCAAUGCAGUCGACGAGCACAUUGACAUCCGUUACGAUGUAGUGAAGCCGCCCCAGCAUGGCGUUCUGCAGCGCCUGCGUCAAAUCGACGGCUCCUGGGUAAAUGUCGAGUGGUUCACCGAUAGCCAGCUCCUGCUGGGCCACAUACGCUACCUGCACAACAGCGACUUCCCCUGGCAGGACGAAUUCAAGUUCAUUGCCUCAUUUGGCUUUGUGACGACACAAACCUUUGACUUUCGCAUAACCUUCACGCGCCUGCGCAUUGCCAGCAGCUCGCCGGCUGUGAUUGCCAUCAAUGGAACGCGUGAAAUGCAGCUGACCAACAAUUUGCUGAGUUAUGAGACAGUGCCCAUUGGGAGCUUUCCGCGCAAUGUCAUCUACAAGAUCACCAAGCCCACCAAGUACGGCGGCAUCUAUGUGGAGGGAUCGCGUAAGGCGGCUAAGGAAAUGGACUCGUUUACCCAGCUGGACAUAGACAAGCGUCGCAUUCGCUAUAGGACGCAUCACAGCUGCUACUCGAGCUUCACGGAUCACCUGGAGUUUGUGGUGUCCGUGGCGGAGUGUGACGAUGUUGUGGGCAAGCUGCAGAUCAUCUUCAAUCCGCUGACUGAGCUGACGCACAAGCUGCACUACCAGAAGUUCGAGGCGGUGCAGGUGCAAGAGGGCGAACGGGCGUUGAUCACGAAGAAUCACUUUGAGAUACGCUUCAAUAUCUACGAGAGUCUGCAGUUCCAUGUCUCAGUGCCGCCGGCCCAUGGCCUGAUAUGCAAGUACGAUGAGCAAACGGGUCUGACCACGCCCAUUGAGUUGUUUACGCUGGAGCAGCUGUUCCGCAAUGACAUCUACUACUGCCAUGAUGACACAGAGUCCACACUGGAUGGCUUCGAGCUGCUCAUCCUGUCCGGCGAUGAGACGGAUUUGCAAUUCGUGGCCAACAUGGAGGUGCACAUCAAGCUGGUCAACGACAAUGAACCGUAUCGCAGUGCCGUGGAGCGAGUCUUUCACGUGGUGCGCAAUGGCAUACGCACUCUGAAUCCCACGACGCUGCAGUACCUCGAUGCGGACGUCAACACCAAUCACACGGACAUACACUAUAUACACGUGUCCAGCACCAAUGGCGCCUUCUACAAAUCGGGCCACUUCAUCGACAGCUUCAGUCAGGACGACAUUGCCAAUCGCCGCAUUAUGUUCCAGCACAGUGGACCAGAUGUCGGCACCGCCUCGUUCAUAGUCACGGACCGGCAGCACGAGGUCAACGGGCAGCUGGAGAUACGCGCCUCAGAUCCAUUUGUAUCCAUGCUGCCGGCCAACGCGUCCAUUGUGCAGGAGGGCAAAUUUGUGAUUCUGAAGAACAAAGACUUUGUGCUCGAGACCAAUUUGGAUAUGAAGCUGGACGAGAUCUACUAUGAGGUCAUCAAGCCGCCCUCCUACGGCAUCCUAAUGUAUCUGAGCGGGCAGCGAGGGGAGAAUGGCACGACUGUGCAUAAGGCCACGAAUUUCACAUCCCUUGGCAACUUUACGCAUUUGGAUAUUGAGCGCGAGCGUUUGGUCUACUGGAAUACGGAGAUUGCAUCGAUGGAUAAAGUGAGAUAUCGCGUUCACAUCAAGAACAUAACAGCCGAGGGAGAGGUCAUCUUUCGCAUCUAUCCCUCGGCCUAUUGGGAGCCGUUGCAGGUGAAGCAGAAUCACACGCUCUACGUGGAGGAGUCAACGAGCGUGUUGAUCUCACGUGAUGUUCUCGAGGUCGUCCAUCCAAACAUUUCACCAGGCGAUAUUACUUUUCUGGUAACUUCGUCCCCGAUGCAUGGCUAUUUGGAGAUGCAGUCGAUGUCCUUUGACGACGAGUACAACUGCAAGGUCUUUGAUCAGUCGUCAGUGAACACGGAAAAGAUGUUCUACAUACAGGCGGGCGUUAAUCAAUCCUCCGAUUAUUUCGUCUUUGACGUGACGAAUGGCAUUACCUGGCUGCGUCAGCUGAUGCUCAAGAUAGUCAUCAUACCGGAGAAGCUGUACAUGCACACCAACACCAUAUCCGUGGUGGAGGGCAAGACAGUGCAGAUUAGCGCGACGGAUAUACAGCCCUACUCGGAGUAUUAUCGUGGCAAGAUCUUGGAGUACAUAGUGACCAUAACGCCCAGUUCGGGUCAUAUACUGGCGGGCAGUUCAAAGGUCAAGCGCUUCACGCAAAAGCAACUGGAGCAGGGCGGCAUUCAGUAUGUGCACAAUGGCAGCGAGAAUAGCACCGAUAGCCUCACCAUGGUUGCCGUGGCCCGGAACAAGGAGAGCGUGCCCUUCGAGCUGGAGUUCGCUGUGGUGCCGGUCAACGAUGAGGAGCCGAUGAUGGUCACCAACACGGGACUGCAGGUGUGGAACGGAGGACGUUAUGUCAUUAAGAAUACAGAUCUGUUGGCCCAGGACUACGAUACACCGCCGGAGAAUCUCACCUACAUUGUGCAUCACAUUUACGGCGGUUACCUGGCUGAGAAGUCCUCCACACAGCACAAGAUCGAACAGUUCACGCAGGCGCAGAUCAAUGCGGAAAAGAUCUAUUUCAUACACGACGCCAACUCCCGCAAAAACGAGCUCUCCUUCCUGGUCACAGAUGGCCUCUUUAAUACCAGCACUCAACUGCUAAACAUCGAGAUUAAACCCAUUGAGAUUCUGGUCGAACGCAAUGAGAAUCUGCACGUUUUUCCACUCACCAAGAAGCAAAUCUUGCGCGAUCAUCUGUACUUCAAGUGCUCGGAUGAGGAGCGCGAGAUACGCUAUAACGUGACUGUUCCGCCCAGUCUGGGGCGGAUUGUCAACGAGUAUCUGGGCAUUGGCUAUGCAAAGGAGAUAAGCGAAUUCACGCAGAACGACGUGGACAAUGGGCACAUUUUCUACGAGCAUACCGCAGUUAUUAUGGAGUUCCGCAUCAAUGAUUCGUUCUACUUUGACGUGGUGGCCGAGCGCAGCGAUCGCUUAUUGGAUCAGAAGUUUAACAUAGAAAUCUCCGUAUCAUCAGGUGGUCUGCUGCGUUUCUUGCCCGUGUCGAAGCUAACGGUGGAUGAGGGUGGCUCGGUGCCCAUCAAAUUGGACUUCUCCAAGAUCUUGGAGUACCUAAAGACCCGGGCGGGCAUCAACAAUCCGGAAUUGUUUAUAGAAGCCGCCCAGAAGCCCUCACAUGGUAACAUUGGACUGGGCCAUGAUUUCAAGUCCAUGCAACGAUAUCAUCCAAGCGAUUUCUUUACCAAGAAAGUUUACUAUAUACACGAUCACACGGACACCCUGGAGGAUACCAUACUAAUGAGCGUGUACCUGACACAGGGCAACAUCUUUCUGUGCAAUUUGACCAUACCCGUCUCUAUAAAUCCGAUCAACGAUCAGCCCUUCCAGCUGGCCACGCACCUGCCCCAAAUGGAGGUCGUUGAGGGUGAGAAUCGUACGAUAACACGCAAUGUGCUGCUCACCGAGGACAAGGAUACGCCGCCCGAGGAGAUUAUCUACGACGUGAUGAGUGGCCCCACUUUGGGUGUGCUCAAGAAGCUGAACAACGAUGGCCAGGCCGAGGAGCUGCUGGCCUUUUCCAAUCAAUUCACGCAGGCGGACAUCAACAACGAUCGCAUCAUCUAUGUGCACUUCGGCAUGCCGCAGUCCACGACCUUUUGCUUCACCGUCACCGAUGGCCAGUUCAAUCCGGCCUACGAGAUCUUCACCAUCAAGGUGGCGCCCAUCAGCCUCCUGCCGGCGAGCACGCAGCUGCCGGUGAGCCUGCAGCAGGGCGCCACCAGUGCAGCGAUGAAGCUGGAGCAUAUUGGGCUAAACACGAAUGUGAAGCUGGACCGACUGGCCUACAACAUAACCAAUUCGCCGCUCUAUGGCAUCAUUCUGUAUAAGCAUCAGCCGACGCUGAGAUUCAACCAGCAGCAGCUGGAACUGUCACAGAUUAGCUAUAUGCAAACCGAUCUGAAUCGCUCCAACGACACGUUCCAGGUGAGCGCCUACGUGCCCGGCACCAACUAUGCCGCCCAAGUGGAUGUGGUGGUCAAUGUGGAGCCAGUGAUCAAGAUCAAUGACAUUGCCAUGCGCGAGGCGGUGUCCAGCUCGAGUGCAGCGGGUGGAAAGAUCAGGCUGACCUGCUAUUUGGUCAACGACAAUCCGCUCUCGCUGAAGCUCAACAAAUUCAAUCCCAAGUUCGUUAUCACCCGCAUGCCCGCAACGGGCCAGCUGAGGAAGAUCAUACGCAGCACCAGCCUGACGCAGGCGGGAAUCAAUGGCGCAGCCGAUGGGCAGAAUGAGCGCUCCACCAACAUAUUCUCGUACAAGGAGCUGCGCAGCGGCGUCGUCUACUUUGUGCCACACGCCUCGGUCGAUGAGACGGAGGCGGAUAGCGAUAGCUUCGACUAUCAACUGCUCAUCAAGACGGUGCAGUCGGCUCAGGCGACGGUGUCCAUUGAGUAUCGUGCGCAGCUGCAAGAGACGGAGACAGUGCAUCUCGGCAAUGCAGAUAUAUCCAUUAACUACCUAGCUGUGGGCUGUGCCCUCUUCGUCCUUCUCAUUUGUCUGCUGCUUGUGCUGCUCUUGCUGAAGAUGCGGAAUAUGCGAAAGCGAAAGGCUGACAUAUCCAAGGAUCCGCCACCGCCUUUGCCCUGCCCACCGGAUUUGACGUCGGUCAGUCCGCAGCAUCAUCACCAUCAUCAUCAUCAUCAUUAUGCCAGCUCCGAGGCCGAUUCGGUGCCGGCGACGGGUAAUUCAACGCCCCUGCCGGGCUUUAGUAACAUACCCCACUGCAAGAUAAUACCAGUGGAGUCGUACAAGCACGAGUUUCCCGACUACGAUCCGGACGAGGACGAAACCGACGAUCAGUGCGAUCCGCAGCAAAUGAUGUUGCCGCAACGCUACAAUCCCUAUCAUAUAGACCACGAUACAUGGAGUUCGUCGUGCGACAUGGCCAACGACUUUGCUGGUUAUGCAUCCGUGCCGCAGAGCAUAUCGAUUUCCGGCUCUGUCAGUUCGCCGCCCUCAGCGCCGCCCACAAAUCCGCUGCUGCGCCGAAACCAGUAUUGGGUCUAAGCAAACAAAGCAAACAUGCAAGAAAAGUUUCGGCAAAGUAGUCUUAGUCUAUUUAUUUAGCCAUAUAUUUACGAGUAUAUUUAAGUACGUUUAAGGCUGAUUUAUGAGAUUCGCACAUUUUAGUUAGUAAGCCAAGGGACUUUCUUAGUUUUAAUCGAGCAUUUAUAUCAAUUUGCUAGUUACAUAUCGAAAAGUCAACAAAAUUAAACAACAGCCCUACAAAUUUUGCCAUAAAAUAGAAAUGAAUAUCUAUUCGUAUAAGAGUUAUACUCGUUAGCUAUAAGAGUUUGCCAACUUUCAAUAUUAAUAUUUUAACUGCGAAAUUUAAAAAUAAAUGACAAUACUA